AUGGCAGAAGACCCCCGUGGCAAAGGACUUCCGAACAUCGAUAGCGAGGAAGAAACCCAGUAUCCCCCACCUUCAGAGGCAGAGGAACGACCCAAGAGUUACCAACUACCACCCAUCCCAAUGGCGACAGGCAUGACGCUCCCAUCCAUUAACGACGGCUCCUAUGGGCCCCCCUCCAGCCGCUAUCCUCCCCCGGAAUCAACAUCUCGGACGCAGUAUUCUGGGUCACCUAGCAAUCCCAACGGUUACCAGCCUCCUUCGGGGGGCACCUAUCUACCACCCUUCCAUGCACUCGCCGAUCAGCGUCCCGCGUACGGCAGCGAGUCGCGAGACUAUCACCUAAGCCAACAUGGAGGCCAACAGCGACCUCCGUAUGGACAAGAGCAGUACCACCCUUACAACGGUUACCCCCCUCACCAGGGGCCGCCCGGACCUGGGUAUGCGGCUUACGCGGCGGACUAUCGAGGAGCGCCCGCAGGACCUCCUCCUCCACAAGCCGCCCCGAGGCAAAGAACCUCAAUAGCCUGCAGAUACUGCAGGAAGCGAAAGAUCCGAUGCAGUGGCUAUGCGAACACCCCAGAAGGAAAGUGCACAAACUGCAAGAAGACAGGGAACGACUGCGUUUUCCAGCCUGUGUCGUCAUCAGCUUCGACGGCUUUCAUUCCAGUCUCGGCGCUUCCCGGAGGUGUUCCCCCUGGAACCCCUUUGUACGGUGCCUUUGGGCAGCCGCUCCCCGGCUCUCAUCAAGCGGGCGGUCCUCCACAGCCUGGGUACGGACGCCCCGCGCCGGCCGGAUCCCAACAGGACUACGCUCUCCCGUCACCGACUGGCGGUGCCUAUUAUGGGCAUCCGGACGAUAGGGGCCAAACCGCGAGGCGAAGACCCCGGCCAGCUGAGGACGAACCCGGGAUGCGUCUUCCCCCGCCUCAUCCGUACGAAGAGGACCCUAGAGAUCCUCGACGCCGUUCUCCGGCGUCGGCUCCCAGCAACACUCCGCCUGCGAGUUAUCACUCGUUCCAGUACGAGCCGGAGAGGACGCCGACUUCGAGGCGCAACAGCCCUGGAGGCGCUGCCCCCGCGAGCGCUUCCAGCUCCAGCCAUCCGAUGAGCCUCGGAAACCUGAUGGACCAUCCACCACCUGGCGGCGGCAAUGACAUCGAUUCGAGCAUGCUGGGACGUCUGAAUCGUCGAGGGUAG